CAGACCCUCCACCCGUCUGCUCCACUCAGUGACUCCAGGGCGGGAUCCGAACCCACCACCACGACCACCACCAACCAACCCACCACGACCACCUGAGCCACCUCCUCACCGCUGUCGCACAUCUGGAGCUGCCCUGGACCUGGACCUCCAUGCUCCUGCAGUCCGGCGGGUGCUGAGCUCCAUGGAAGUGGCCGGCUUCUACGAGGCGGGCGGCUUCGCUAUCCACAGCAGAGACCAAGGGGCCAUCGCACCGGUGAGCGGGGGGGGCUCGUACUGGAGGCUCGGGGACUCCAUGCCGGAGCUGGGCAUCGAGGAGCGGGAGAGAGCCAUCGACUUCAGCGCAUACCUGGACUCCGCGCUGCACGUCCCGCAGCUGGCGGCGCACACGCAGACGCAGGCGCAGCCGCAGCCGCAGCAGGGAGACGUCUUCUCCGAUUUCCUCGCGGAGAACAAGAUCAAGAGAGUUGCAGCUCAGAACUACAAGAGCUACUCGAUGCUGGGCGACCUGGAGGCGAGCCAGUGCGACCCCCGGGAGACCCCCUACUCGCUGGGGUACCCGGGGCUGCAGGAGAGCCGGGUGGAGCUGCAGGAGACCCGGGUGGACAGCGUGCUGAGCCCGGAGCUGGGUCGCUACCGAGCGGCUGCUGCUGCCGCUGCCGCCGCUGCUGCUGCUGCUGGGGACGGAGAGGACACUCAGGAAGACUCGAAGAUGGAGAACGGCUCGUCUGCUUUUGACAUGAGGUCCUACCUCCACUACCAGUCCACCAGCGGCAGCCUGGGGAACAUCUCCAGCGCGUCCUCGUCCUGCUCCAGCGCGCCCGGCACACCUGCCCCGGCCGGUCGGGACAGGUCCCCGUCGCACGGGGGCGGCAAGAUGUCCAGCAAGUCGAAGAAGCGCCUGGACAAGGACAGUGAGGAGUACCGGCUGCGGAGGGAGAGGAACAACCGGGCCGUGAGGAAGAGCCGGGACAAAGCCAAGAUGCGGAACCUGGAGACGCAGCACAAGGUCCUGGAGCUCACCGCGGAGAACGACCGGUUACAGAAGCGAGUGGAGCAGCUGUCCAGAGAGCUGUCCACCCUGCGCAACCUGCUGUCUGCCACCGGACAGUGUUAGAACCCCCCCCACCCCCAGACCCCCCCACCCGACCCCCCGCAGACUUCUUGUCUUAUCACUGAUGGACUUUAGAGCCGCAGCUGAUCCGCUGAGUGAGCGUGGAAGACGGGUUCGAGCACCAGUUUACAAGGACUCUUUGAAUGGGACUGAGGAAGUGGGUGUGCAUGGAUUGCGCAAUCGUUCUUCACAUGUCCCCUUAGCUUUAUUCUCACAUGUCGUUUUUUAUUUUUAUUUCGUGGUGUGUAUGCAGUAUUUCUGUGCAGGUUUUACAUACAUGCGAGUGAAUUGGUACUUUUUUGUGUAUUCACAGCAGUGGUUGUCAAGGGAAGAGUUGUGCUGCAGUGAAAUGAUGCAACUCUUUGUAAUAGUACUGGCAAUGAAUGAAAUAAGUCUAAUUAUUUAAUAUUAAAAGGUGAAAUGCUUUAAUUGUACUUGAUAUUUUAUGGAAUUAAACAGAUUUAUACUUUGUCUAAACAA